CUGGGCUAGUUGGAACGAGCGGCGGCGGCGGUACAGCUGCGGCGGCAGCAUGGCUUCGUCGCAGGGGAAGAACGAGCUGCUCUUCGCCGACUGGAUGGCAGCACUGCCGGGCAGCCUCCACAGCACCCCGCUCACCAACCUGGCCAUCCCCGGGUCUCAUGACUCUUUUAGCUUCUACAUUGAUGAAGCCUCUCCGGUUGGGCCUGAACAGCCGGAGACAGUCCAGAAUUUUGUGUCAGUUUUUGGGACUGUGGCUAAAAAGCUGAUGAGGAAGUGGCUGGCUACACAGACCAUGAACUUCACCAGCCAGCUGGGGGCAGGUAUACGGUACUUUGAUCUCAGAAUUUCCACCAAGCCCAGAGACCCAGACAAUGAACUCUACUUCGCUCAUGGUUUAUUCAGUGCCAAAGUCAAGGAAGGCCUGGAGGAGAUCAAUGCGUUUCUCACUGAGCACCCAAAAGAAGUGGUCUUCUUGGACUUCAAUCAUUUCUACGGGAUGCAGAAAUGCCAUCACGAAAAGCUUGUCCAGAUGCUCAAAGACACUUACGGAAACAAAAUGUGUCCUGCUAUAUUUGCCCAUGAAGUCAGCCUCCAGUACCUGUGGGAAAAGGAGCACCAAGUGCUGGUGUUCUACCACAGUCCAGUGGCCGUCGAGGUAGCCUUCCUGUGGCCAGGCCAGAUGAUGCCAGCUCCCUGGGCAAACACAACGGAUACGGAAAAGUUGAUUCAGUUCCUGCAGGCAUCAAUCACUGAAAGGAGAAAGAAAGGCUCCUUUUUCAUAUCUCAAGUAGUGCUGACACCAAAGGCUAGUACGGUGGUCAAAGGGGUUGCAAGUGGUCUCAGAGAAACGAUCACAGAAAGGGCUCUUCCUGCAAUGAUGGAGUGGGUCCGAACUCAGAAAGCAGGAGAGAGUGGUGUGAAUAUUAUCACUGCAGAUUUUGUAGAACUUGGUGACUUUAUCAGCACAGUCAUAAAGCUCAACUAUUCUCUGGAUGAAGGUGAAGAUGACACUACUUGAUAGUACUGUGAUAUGUGUGUUGUUGCGUUAUUCAGAAUUUAAAAAAAAAAAAGAAAGAUUGUACUCUAAAGGGAUUACAUUGUAAAACACUCAUCUUGUAACACACUGAGGUGUUUAGGGCUUUAGUGGGUGGGCAUAAGGGAAAUGUUUUCAUCAUUUAUGAUCAUUUUUCAUAUUUGUGUUUAGUGUGAAGAGCAAAACUAAACAUGUUUACAGUGUUUGAUAAAAGAAGGCCAUUUACAGGUUCUCCAUGAGGUACCAAAUGUGAUUCAUGUGUCUUCUGUGGUUAUGAACAGUGCCAAGAAAUUUGUUGUUUUCAGAGCAAGGGGAUGUGUAUAUUGUCCUUUUCCUGCUCACAGCAGGAUUCCCAACGGUGUGAGCAUUGCACCAGGAGACUGAGGACAGUAUAUCUGGCACACAAUUUUAAGCUGCUACAUUUCAUCUGUUAGGUGGUUUAACUGAUCAUAUUUAUCAAUGAGCUGCAGGUUUAAAUGCCUUUGUGAUGUAAAUCCAAAGUCAUGCUUCUAACACAUGCAUAAUCAGUAGGCAGUAAACAUGACGUGCUAUGCACCAUAAUCAGUGAACAGUGAACAUCGUGUACUGUGUAGCUUGCACAGAUGAAAUCCUGCUUGCUUUUCAUUCUCAAAAUGGGGUUUUCCAAUGUCUCUGCCUCAGAUCAAGCCAGCAGGUAUGUGAUACUGGCCUAACUCUGUAAUCACAGAAUGGCCUGGGUUGGAACCUUAAAGAUCAUUUGGUUCCAACACUCUGGCCAUUGGCAGGACAUUUUUUCACUAGACCAGGCUGCUUCAAGCUCCAUCCAAAGCCUGGCUUUACACACUUUCAGGCACGGGGCAUCCACAGCUUCACUUGCCAACAUGUUCUAGUGUCUCAUCACCCUCACAGCAAAGAAUUUUUUCCUAAUAUCUAAUCUAAACCUACUUUCAGUAGCCAUUCCCCCUUGGCUGUCACUACAUGCCCUUGUAAAAAGUCCACCUUUCUUGUAGACUCCCAUCAGGUACUGGAUGGCCAAAAUUAGGUCACCCCAAAGCCUUCUCUUCUCCAGAUGGAACAAUCCCAACUCUCUCAGCCUUUCUUCAUAGGAGAGGUGUUCCAUCCUUCUAAUCAACUUCAUGGCCUCCUCUGGGCUUGCUCCAGCAGGUCUGUGUCCUUUUUAUGCUGGGAGCCCAGAGUUGGAUGCAGUGCUCCAGGUGGGUCUCACCAGAGCAGAGCAGAGGGGCAGAAUCCCCUCCCUGCCCUGCUGCCCAUGGGGCUCUGGAUACAGCCCAGGACACGUUUGGCUCUCUGGGCUGUGAGUGCCAUGGCAGGGCAUGUGCAGCCUCUCACCCACAGCACCCCAAUCCCUUCUGGGCAGGGCUGCUCUGGGGCUGCUCAUGACCAGCCUGUGCUGGUACCAGGGGCUGCCUGUGCACUUAGUUUUGUUAAACCAUAUGGAAUUCCCAUGGACACACUUCUUGAGCUUGUCCACAUUCAUCUGGAUGGUUUCCUAUCCUUCAGGUGUGUCAACAGUGCCGCUCAGCUUGGUGUUACCUGCAAAUUUGCUGAGGGUGCACUUGAUUCCUUCAUAUAUGUCAUUAAUGAAGAUAUUAAAUAAUGCUGGUCACAAUAUGAACUCUAAAGAACAGCUGCUGGUCCAUAUUUUCCCUGGUUCCAUCAGGAACACAGUUAGGCCAGCUUUGAGCGCCACUUCUCCCCAGGAUUAAUCUUAUGUAAGAGCCUGAUCCCGUGUCCUGAAUAUGAAAACAAGUGUGUUUAGUGUGGAUUGAGCACAUGGUGAGCUGUGCAUACUCUAACACAGACAGUAUUUUGUCCCGUGGUGGAAACCUGAUUUCUGCAAGACUGAAACUGCACUUAAAAAUAGAUGCAGUCUAAGCUUCUCUUUAAGGCAGCUAUGAGCAGAACACUUUUCCACUGAUUACAAAAAAUCAGUGCCAGUUUCAUCAGUGAAAAGUUCCUGUACUAAAGAAUGUAGUAGUUCAAUUCUAGUUAAUAGCAGUACUCUAUAGUCCUUAAAUUGUCUGUGGGAUAUAAUACUGCAUAACACAAGAUUGAAAAUCUACUGAAUGGCACUGUUCCAGGAACAAAAUCAUUGAUCAUUCUAGCUUUAAAGAAAUGUAUAUAAAAAGGAAAUGGAAAAUUUGGUAAUUUAUAAAAUGAGAGCUUUGCAACUGUAUGACACCUAACUGGAUAAAAUACAGGCAGUCUUAUCUCCUGGACACAUCAAUACAGACAUACACAACUUUGGAAAGUAAAAUGUCUCAUCUGUACAAAACAAUAGAUGCUAUAGCAUCUUACAAGGAAAUGGACUUUGAAAUAUUGCAAGGAUUUAUGGGGUAGAAUUAAGGUCAAAUUUCUGUUGAUAUUACGAGAACUUUUGGUUGAGUAAGAAGAGAGAAUUGAUCAUACAGUCCAUUGCUCUUUUCUGUCAGAUGAUAAUGACUACUAUCACCCAUAAGAAUUUAGAAAUUCAAAAAUGGCCAUAUUGAACAGAUGGGCAACAAGCAUUAUAGGGGGUUUGUUGGCUUUAGUUUAGGGAGUGAAAUAAAAAGAACACUUCCUGCUGUUUUGUACUGAGAGGGUGCCUUGGAAAAAGUGUAUGCACAUGUGAGUGUAGAAUAAAGAAUAAUUUAAGUGUAUGUGUAGUAUAAUGACACAUUUAAAUGUGUGUGUAUAACACAUGCAUCCUUGUACACUUGCAUAAUGAUCUUUGGAGUUCUGGACAGGACUACUGUAAAUUUGUUCAAAAAAACCCCAUGCAGCUGUUAUGAAAUCAUGAUGGCUCUUUCAGCAGCAUUUUCUUCUGUAUAGCUUAGGACUGUACAAGUCAUCCCAAAUGAAAUCUGUGAUCUAAGCUAGUUAGGUUUUUUAUGGCGUUUAAACUUCAUCCAGACCAUGUCAAAAAUUUACCUAGAGUCACAAGUCAUGCUUUAGUUGAACAAGGGGUAUGACUUUAAUGCUUUCACCCACAACUAAGCAAGUUAUAGAGUGGCUUGAUAGUCUUUGUUUCUAGUUUCCACAGGCUCUUCAAGUAAAAUUUAUGUAACAGACAUAUAAAAUGAAACAUGAAAAUAAAUUUUGAAUUCACACCUAUGUGGGUGUCCUACAUAAAAAUGUGAAAAUGUUUGCUUAUUUAUUGGCAGUGUAGUGCAAAAAGCCCUUUUUUCCAUUUAGCUGGAGUUAGUUGUUUCCAGACUCCUCCUGUGAUUCUUCAGCUGCUCAAAUGUAGCCAAAAGAGGUAAUCUAUCAUUCUAAUACAGUAAAGUGAUCCGAAUCCUUGGGUGGAGUGAAAUUUAGGUUUCUUUUUUUUCUUUUUUUUUUUUUUUUCUUUUCUUUUUUUUUUUUUUUGGAUUCUGGCUGAAAUUCGGUUGCAUCUGAGACCAUCAACACCAGAUUUCUGCUGGUAUCCCUGCUCAAACACACACCAGACACACCAGGCUUUUCGCUCGCUCAGAGGUGUACUCAAGGCAAAUGCUUUGCUGUAUUUUAAAAAGUGUAUGUGUGUGUGCCUGUAUAUAUGAAUAAGUAUAGAGCUAUCUAGAGUUUGUUACUAUUGUUAUGAAAUGUUUGCUUACUGUCAGUUUUAUUCUAAUUCUCAUUUGGAAAUUAAUAGAAAGUAAAAGCAAAGCAAAAAAAAAAUCCUCUGACAAGAAACAAUAAUAGACAAAUUGUAUCAUUUGUCCAUUAAUGGGGAAGAAUACUAGCAAAAUCUUAAAUUCUGGUCAGAAAAGAUAUGUUUUCAUUUAGCUGUCGAUCUUUCUAUUGGAGAAGCACAGCACUUUAUGGUAGGAACAGGUAAACAAACUUGCCUUAAUUACUAAAAGAAAAAAGUGCAUGUGGGGAUACACUAUCCAUGCUCUUCUGAAGACUUCAUCUGUGAGGGCCUAAAACUGUAAGUCCUGAUAGAGAUGCACUCCCUGUUGAUGUUGUUUGGGGAUCUUGCCAAAAAAGAACAAGCCAGAAAGUACUAUGCAGCACAACUGGACCAUUCAAGAGCCCAGUUUUGCCACCCAUAUGCAGCUAAAAUUGUCUUUGAUUUCAACCAGAAAUAUCCUUGCAGGGUUGGGUCAGAUGUGUUUUUCUGAUCCCAUGAACUUGUAAGGUUUCUUCACAUGUAUUAUGAGGAAUCUUGCAUGGGAAAUUAGUUGACUGUAAUCAGCCCAUCAAGGAAAAAUAUCUGUCUACACUAUUGAUCUGUAUAAGCAUCUACUUAAACUGUCAUGUCAUUCACUGCCAAAACAUUUUUUUCCUUCUUCUGCUUAUUUUCUCCCUCACUAUGUUCACCAUGUAUACAUGGAGUGCUGUUGUUUUCUGGCAGUUUCAUGUGAUUACUUGAUCCUUUCUUUUCACCCGUACUUGAAAAAUGGCAACUGUGCUGCAGAAACAGAAUGUCUCAGCUGUGUAAAUCCACCUGGCUCCAUUUUUCAGUUUACACAUGCUGAGACAUCUUUGUUCCAUACUGAUCUAACCUGCAGAAAUCCAGUCCAAACAGAAGGUGGUUCCUGGAGUGCAAUUCCUACCUUGUAUGGUGAGGGGUGAAUUGGAAUCAGACCACAGGAACGUAGUUUUAGAAUUAGUGGGUUAUUUACAUUCUUUUGCUGUUGGAUACAUUACGGGUUUUGUAGGUCCUGCUGUUUCAAAACAUUAUUUUGAAUGUACUCAUGUAUGUGUAUAUAAAUAUAUAUGCAUGCAUGGCUGAGAGGGAAUGUACGAUCCUGUAUGCUGGGCUCAAUCUUUCUGUCAUACUGAUACAAAUCUAGGCAGUUUCUACUAACUUCAAAGUAGUUACUAAGCCUUUACCCUGAGAUGAGAGUGAGCAGAGAGUCACUGUGUAGUAAUUAUAGGCUGUGUUGCAAAUUGAAUUUAACACUGAGCUUAAAUUCACACAAUAAAAAAAGAAAGCAGAGUGCCCUGAAAACACAGUUCCAGUGCUGUUUAUCCUCAAUUUAGUAGAUGAAGCACUAGUUAUUAGCAAUUGAUUAGGCCAUUUGGUGAUUUCAAGAGUUCAGGUAACACUGUUUCAAAGUUCUAAAUUCUUUUCAGUGAAGUAAAAGCUAAUAGUGUAUGAUGUAUUUGCCAUAUCUCAGUGGUAGCUUCUGUGUUACAUACAGUCAAUGUUGUUCUGAAUUGUAUAUGUUUACCCAAUGAUGAGGUUAAAAUAUGCUGUAUAGUAUGUGUAAUUUAUUGAUUACAAGUAUUUGGAGUUUGGUGGUCUAUUUAGUUUUUACUGUGCUGCUGUUUCGUAGAUAUGUGUGUAAAUGGGAUUAUGGAUUGUCAACAGUGUACAAGGAAAUAAUAGUUAAUCCUAAAGGAAAAGGGCAGUUAUGUGACCUGCCUUAAUGCAUUAGGAUAAUAUUGUUAAAUCUCAUAAUUAUCGGUUCUGUUUCAGAUGUUACCAAGGGUUGUCCGUAGAGCUGACUCCCUCACUUUCUGGCACGAAGGAGUUAAACUUGGAGCUCAUUUACAGAUUUGUAAAUACAGAAUAGGAUGUUUGCCUGAUCAACUGCCUUGACUGUACAAGGUGGCACAGACAUGGUUUCCCGUGUGUUACAGAUCAAAUCACUUCUGCGCACACACAACCCCUGCUGAUGUCAGCAGGAAUUGUGAUCAUGUAAUUGAGUGGCCUCAAAUUCAUCUUCUGGAACAUAGUCAUGAUAGGAGGAUGGGGAUAUCCUGGCUUUAAGGAAGUGCCUGGAUGCUACGCAAUACUGCUCAUGUCCUGUGUUGGAACAUAGCUUUAAAUUUGCAAGAAGAGCUUUGAACUUUGCUCCAGUGUAGGUUGGACCUAUCAAAAAAAAAAAAAAAAAAAAAAAAUCCUUAUGUAAAGAUUGUGAAUGCCAUAGGCUGAUCAGCAUGGCCUGUCCUGCCCAUGUACAGCAUUCUGCUUUCAGGAAUUGUGGCAGCUUUAAAUAAAAAAACUCUAAUAAUUCUCUGUCCCUGCCAGACCACCUUAGGAAUCUCCGCAUUGCCUACACUCCUGUACUGUUCCCACACCCGGGUCUAGCUCUCCCUUCAUGGUUCAUAUUAAAGAUGCCUGAUGCCAAGAGUAAUUAGGAUAGAGGUACUAACCAAACACAGGGAGUGUCCACCUUGUGCCUGGCUGGUUGGAGUAGGGUGCCUGCCCUCCAGCAGCACGUUUGGUAUGAGGUCAUCUUCAGUCAAAUCCACCUGAACAGUGACUGAGGGAAGGCACAAGUCUGAUUUCAGAGCCUCUUCAGCUGUCCAGUUAAAAUGCAGCAUCUUCCCAAUUCUCUCCUUUGCCUCUGCUCAGUGCUGCUUAUCUGGACUUGUGCAUACACAUCCCUUUACCUGCCAGCUGUGAAUAUCAGAUAUUUGUCAGCCCCAGUGCAUCAUAGCAGUCCACAUGGUCGUAAAGGAUGCUCAGUGUGUGGGGCUAAAAUCUGGAAGUGGGCCACAUCUGAUGUCCCAGGGUGGUUUAUGCACACACAUCCUCUUGAAGAGGUGUCACCUUGGCCAAUGAGUAUCUCCUCAGCAGGAGGUGCAAUUAGGGGUUUUUGUUUCUGCAGUAAGAUUGUAUGUACUAAUCUCUUCCUUCAGCCUUUGGUCCUACAAAAGUCAGUUUGAUUGGAAGAAAUUCCUGAAGUACCUGCAGUUAGUUUUGCUGUGAAGCAGGGAUCCUUAAAGCAGAAUCCUGGAGUUAUUUGUAAUUACUAUUACUGAAAAUACAAAUACGUGGUUAAAAACACAGUUUUAAAAAGUAAAAGAAAAAUUAUAUGGGCUUGCCAGGACAGUUAAGUUUUUGAAUGCCUCAGUCAUCAGUAGUUUAGUAUCAUCUAGGUGAUGAUUUUUAGCAUGUUAUUGCCACACUGCCUCCUGACAUCGUUCAGGGUCUCUGUACAGAAGCCUUAUUAUUCCCAGUGAGCAUUUGAAUGACUUGUCUCCGUUUUGGUGGGAAGGAUGAUUGUGUAACACUGAGAACAUGGAGCUCCCUGUGUGUUGUGCCCACAAAGGUUCACAGAGCUGCACCUUCUCGUUUUAGGAUCUGUUUAAUGGUACUUUAAUAAAUGUUGUGUUAAAAAUGCCUACAGUUCUGUAUAGCAAAUGUGAAUUUUUAUGACAAGAAUGUGUAUUUAGAGUAAAAAAAAGUAAUAUAAAAUCCAGUUUCUUUGUAUCCAGUGAAACAUCUAAUAAAGCUCUGG